UAGUGUGUGUAUGUGUGAGUGAGGAGGAGGGCGACAGAGAACGAGCUGGAUGCUGACAGAUUCCUGAUAGAUGGUUAAAAUGGCGAGAGCGUGUUCGACCCCAGUGAGCCACCAAAGUGUAACACUGUAGGUCGGAACAUGUAGUAGCAGAAGCUGGAUUAUCUCUCUGUGUGUCCUUCUUUUUUUUUUUUUUUAAUUCUACUUCCAUUCACCUCACUUUGUUUUUCUGCACGUGCUGGAAUAUUUGGAGUGUUUUAAAUGGCAUCCACAAGGCGCCGCCGCCUUGUUCUGUGCUUUUUGGGAAUAUUGCUCAAUUCUUUAAUGGGCGUGACGUGCGAGGCGGAGCUCUCCUUCACCCUGGAGCCCAGCGACGUCAUCGCGGUGCAGGAGCAGCCCCUCAUGCUCCACUGCCAGGUGAACGGCCUCCCCCCGAUCACCACGCAGUGGCGGCACAACGGCCUCCUCUUGGCUCAGGACCGGCGCCACGCCACCUUCGUCAACGGCUCGCUGCUGGUCCGUCACUUCCAGAAGACCAAAGCCGACGGCUCGUCCGACGAGGGCGACUAUGAGUGCAUCGCCCAGAAUUCCUUUGGGCUGGUGGUGAGCCGGAAAGCCCGGAUUCAGGCUGCAACCAUGGCAGACUUCCAUGUUCAGCCAGAGUCCGUUCAUGCGGAGGAGACUGGCGUAGCGAGAUUCCAGUGCCAGAUCCAUGGUCUGCCAGAGCCUGUGAUCAGCUGGGAAAAAGACAACCAUCCAGUGGACACUAAGGAUGAAAGGUAUACGCUGCUGCCUACAGGUGUUCUCCAGAUUACUGGAGUGCGCGAGGAGGACAGCGGAAGGUUCUGCUGCGUGGCUCACAACAGUGCAGGAGUGAAACACAGCAAGGAGGCGCUCCUUACUGUCUCAGGCUCCCAGGCAUCUGUCUACAAAGAGCCAAUGAUCCUGGUCGGUCCAGAAAAUCUCACCCUCACCGUUCACCAAACUGCCAUCUUGGAGUGUAUUGCAACUGGAUACCCUCGGCCCAUUGUGUCUUGGAGCAGAUUAGACGGCCGUCCCAUCGGCGUGGAGGGAAUCCAGGUCCUCGGCACGGGGAAUCUUAUGAUCUCGGAUGUCGGUGUGCAGCACUCGGGGGUUUACGUGUGCGCCGCUAACAAACCGGGGACCCGUGUUCGUAGGACUGCUCAGGGGCGUCUCGUGGUCCAAGCCCCAGCCGAGUUUGUCCAGCUUCCCCAGUCCGUCGCUCGUCCUGUCGGCACCACCGCCAUCUUCACCUGCCAGGCUCGGGGUGAGCCCGAGCCCCAGCUCACCUGGCUGAAGAACGGACAGAUCCUGGAACCCGGGGCUCACGUCAGACUCAGGAACAACAACAGCACGCUGACGAUCUACGGCAUUAGCCAGGACGACGAGGCCAUCUACCAGUGCAUCGCUGAGAACAGCGCCGGCUCCACACAGGCCAGUGCCCGCCUCACGGUGCUGUGGGCCGAUGGGCUCCCCGGUGUGCCGCAUGACGUGCAGGCCGAGGCCCUCUCACCCACCACCAUCCAGGUGUCCUGGAGGGAGCCCGGUCAGAACACUCAGGAUAUCAUUGGAUAUGUGGUCCACAUACGCAGGACCCCAGACCCAGUGGAGAUGGAGUACGAGGAGGCGGUCAGUAAGAUGACGCUGCAGCAGAUCAUCAGGGACCUGGAGCCCUCCACCAGUUACGUCUUCUACGUCAAGGCUUACACGUCCCACGGGGCCAGCAAGCCAUCCGACAGCGUCACCCAGAGCACGCACGGAGAGGUGCCCGCGCCUCCUUCGCUCCACACCAAGGUGGUGAACAGCAGCUUUGUCCAAGCGACGUGGGAGCCGUCGUCAAAGAUGGGCCAACACCAAGGCUUCAGGCUGUUCUACAGGAGAGCCCACACGCCUCUGUUCACCGGUCCCAUCGUCUUCCCUCGCAACAUCAGCCAGUACAACAUCACUCAGCUGGAUCCUACGCUGGUCUACGAGAUUAAGCUGCUCGCCUUCAACCAACACGGCGACGGCAAUGCCACGGUGCGGUUUGUUUCUCUUCGGGAGGCGGUGGAGAAAUCAGUGUUGGACGUCCCGUGUGACUGUGUCAAAGACGAGCAGAGUAAGGCGUCCACCACAGGCAUCAUCAUCGGGAUCCACAUCGGACUCACCUGCAUCAUCUUCUGCGUGCUCUUCCUCGUCUUCAGCUACCGCGGCAGGUUAAUGAUGUGUAAGACAGUUCAGGCGAGCCCUCAGGCGGGACACAGUGCAGUGCUGGAGUCCUCGUCCUCCUCUUCCCAGGGGGCCGCCGGGCUCAACAGUGCUGUCAGGAGAGAGAUGGAGGUCAACGGCAGCACCGCAGGGAAAAAAGUGGUCGACAGCAACGAGCUCGAGAGACUUUUCACUCAACCUCUACAAGAUUCAUGCAGGCCCAACUCCUUCGUGCUCAACGAGACCCAGCUGUCGACGAUACCGCUGGACGAGUUCGCGGUGGAGCGGGACAUGGAGACGCAAUUCCAGGAGCCUCCAGCAGCAGGAGCAAGUCAGCAGGACCAAGGCUAAUCUUGUAUGAAGGCUAACUCACGCGACACUGUCCACAGUGUAGACUCUUCACUCACUCAGGUUGAAAAGUGUUUCCUUUCAAAGUAGUUUUCCCUUCGGUGCAAAGAUUUUUUUUUUAUUAUUAUUGGUAAGUUAAGAAGAAUUUACAUAGAAUGUACGUAUAUCAGAUUUUUUUUUUCCUUGGCCUGGUUUUUAAACUGGACAGGCCAAUUAAAUGUUUUGGUUUUAUUAUUUUAUUUUUUACAGUUUAUAGGGCUGUCACUUUUUUAGUCCACGUCGAACAAACGUUCUUUUCAAACGUUACCUUAAAAUAACAAAGCUAACCAACUGUUAGCUUUGUUGGUGACUUAAAAUACCGCCCCACCACGUUGAUUGAACAUUGAGGUUUAUUUAUGCUCAAUGCUAGAUACAUAUACGGAAAUGGAAGGCGCAUUCUUGCCAUACUCUGCGUUCCUUCCGUCCGUAUUUGUGUCCUUUAAUGGAUGAGACCCAAACGGACGCAGUACCAUUGCAAAACAUCGGGGGGCAGUGUAGCCAAUAAUUCUAGCGAGAUGGCCGUAAGACACGAGGAAGAAAUGAAGAAAGUCAACAAUAGCAGUGCGGCAGUCAAGUUUCCUCUUAGACCUUCACUGCCGUUGCCAAGUUUGUCAAGAACUCAAUACUCUGCACUGCCCUCUUGUGGAUGUAUUGCUCAACAACAGUUUCCAACGUAAAGGACAGUCGCAUGUAUACUUUAACAGCAUAAAUGAGCCUUUCGUGUGUAUUCUUAAUUUAGUUUAAUGUUAGAACACUUUGACGGGGAAAAAAAAAAAAAACUUUCAUAAACAAACAAAAAACAAAAAAGUGACAGUUCUACUAAAUUGUUCAUUAUCCGGUGUUGGGCAGCACAGAAUAGAGAGCCCAGAAUGUCAUUGUUAUACGAUGAUUUUAUUUUUAAGUUUAUUGACAUAUAUAUACAGUAAAUAUAUAUAGAAAUGCAUAUAUAUCAUCUAUAUGUCAAAAGUGGUUAUAAGUUAUUGGUCUUAUUUCGACUUUUCUGUGGAUGUCAAAGACUCCUGCUGCCUGUUCUCACCUACCAAUGAUUCCAUCCGCUCAUUCAGAGAAGACCUCAGCCUUCUCCCAGGGAUUUGAUAUAUUCUGUCUCAGGACUUUGUUUCAGUGAUAUCAACAUUUUCUUUCUUUUUUUUAAAUAUAUAUGAGUUGUCGGCCUUCAUACAGACAAAAGACUUGGCUGCACGAACGUUACGUUUCAACAAAAACCUACCUCAGUCGGAAUGAAUGUGUUGCGGGAAGCUUUAAGGACUUUUAACUUCCCCUGUUCUCACAAUUACUUAACACGCGGAGGAACUGGUUGUUUUGGG